UAAGUUUUUAGAUCUUUCAAAGGUCUUCUUCUUCUCCUCCCGAGUUCUCUCUCUCUCUUAUGUUCUUUCGAAGUGUAUUGUUAUUCUUCGGAGCAAUCUUUUUCUAUCUACCGACCCAUUGAUUUAUUUGAUCUGUUCAAGAUUGUUAUUGAAGAUUAUGACGAUUCCCGAUUCAAGAUUCAUGUUAGAAAAUGCUGCAAUUGGGAUACCUUAUACUCCAGAGGAAGAGAAACGGAUCGUGUCUGACUUGGUGAACAAGGCUGAAUUGGAUUUAAAAGUAGGCAACUUGUAUUAUGUCGUCUCCACCAGAUGGUUUUCCACCUGGCAGAAGUAUACUGGCCAGGAGAUUGGUGCCUUCCUCUUCAGCAAGGAUUGUCCUGAUACAGAGUCUUCACGUAUGCCAAACACAGCUGAUAGGCCUGGACCAAUUGACAAUUCUGAUAUAGUGGAAAAUGGAGAUUAUGCUGAUAUUGACCAAAUAGAAAUCAGUAAAACAUUGGAGGAAGGUCGUGAUUAUUUUUUAGUUCCCAAAGAAGCCUGGGACAAACUCCAUCAAUGGUAUGGUGGAGGGCCUGCUUUACCAAGGAAGGUAAUUUCACAGGGUGUUGACAACAAAAAAUUAAGCGUGGAAGUUUUCUCUCUGUGUCUUAAACUGAUUGAUUCUAAGGACAACUCUCAGUCGGUUAUAAGGAUGAGUAAACAGGCUAAUUUGCAUGAACUUUAUGAAAGAGUGUGCAAACUUCGUAAUGUUGACAUGGAAAAGGCUCGUAUCUGGGACUACUUUAACGAGACGAAGCAGUCAGUAUUGACGGAGUCAGACAAAACUCUUGAAGAAUCUAACCUGCAGAUGAAUCAAGAUAUUCUUCUAGAGGUCCAAGUUGAUGGAUUUUGGCCCUCUGGAUUUGGCAUGGAUUCGACUGGAAAUGAAAUGGCUCUGGUCCCUGUUGAACCUUUAAGGUCAUCAUUAACUAUUGCUGGUGGGCCAUCUAUUUCCAAUGGGUAUUCAUCAGGUUAUGGUUCUGGUAUCUAUCAGGGUAGUGUUAGUUCUGGAAUCACAGACAUGGAGGGACUUUCUGAAUUAUCAACAUCUACAAAAAGAACCGAGAAGGAGAAGGGGGGUUUAGCCGGGCUUCAAAAUUUGGGUAAUACUUGUUUUAUGAAUAGUGCUCUCCAGUGUUUGGUUCAUACACCACCUCUUUUUGAAUACUUCUUGGGAGAUUACACUUCUGAGAUAAACAGGCAAAAUCCCCUGGGUUUGCAUGGUGAGCUUGCCAUUGCAUUUGGAGACUUAUUGAGGAAACUCUGGUCAUCUGGAAGGACACCAGUUCCUCCCCGUGCUUUUAAGGGAAAACUUGCCCGAUUUGCUCCACAAUUUAGUGGAUAUAAUCAGCAUGAUUCACAAGAACUGCUUGCUUUCUUGUUGGAUGGACUGCAUGAAGACUUGAAUCGUGUUAAGCAAAAGCCUUACAUUGAAACAAAAGAUUUUGAUGGACGCCCUGAUGAGGAAGUUGCUGAUGAAUGUUGGAGAUAUCACAAGGCUCGCAAUGACUCUAUAAUAGUUGAUGUUUGCCAAGGUCAAUACAAAUCAACACUGGUUUGCCCAGAAUGCAACAAGAUUUCAAUAACCUUUGACCCCUUCAUGUAUUUGUCACUGCCACUGCCUUCAACUGUCACCAGGUCAAUGACAGUAUAUGUGUUUUAUACUGAUGGCAGUGGUCUCCCAAUGCCUUUUACAGUUACUGUCCUAAAACAUGGUAGCUGUAAAGAUCUUUCUCAAGCAUUGGCUACUGAAUGUUGUUUGAGGACUGAUGAGAGCUUGUUGCUAGCUGAGGUAUACGAUCAUAAGAUAUAUCGUUACCUUGACUCACACUCGUUGACAACAAUAAAGGAUGAUGAGCGCAUUGUAGCUUAUCGACUCCCGAAAAAUCAGGCGAAACUAACAAGACUUGAAAUAUGUCACCGACAACUAGAGAAAUGCAUGGGAGAAAGUAUCAAGGCUAGUGAAAGGAAGCUCUUUUUGACACCACUAGUUACAUGUAUAGAGGAUCUACAAACUGGAGCCGAUAUUUAUCAAGCUGUUAAUAAAGUACUUCUACCUUUGAGAAAAACGUAUUUCAUCCCAUCAAAAGUGGAUGAAGGUAAGGAAAAUGGUACUGUUACCGAAGCUGCCCCCUCUUCUAAGGUUGAUAAUUUGUCUGAAGACGCUGAAAUGGAAGAAGCAUCUUCGGAGGAGGAGUUUGAGUAUCAGCUGUGUCUAUCAGAUGAUAAGGGUUUUAGCUGUAGGCCUCUUAAUAAGGAUUCACCAUUGAAGGCGGUUCAAAUGGUUAAGGUAAUGCUGGAUUGGACGGACAGGGAGUUCAAGAUAUAUGAUAAUAGCUAUCUUAAGGAUCUUCCUGAGGCUUUCAAAAGUGGGCAUUUGAUGAAAAAGACUCGACAAGAAGCUGUGUCUUUAUUCUCUUGCUUGGAUGCUUUCUUGAAGGAAGAACCGUUGGGUCCUGAAGACAUGUGGUAUUGCCCUGGCUGCAAGGAACAUCGACAAGCAACAAAGAAACUAGAUCUAUGGAGAUUACCGGAGAUAUUAGUGUUCCACUUGAAAAGAUUCUCAUAUAGCAGAUACCUUAAGAACAAACUAGACACAUUUGUGAAUUUUCCGGUUGAUGAUCUUGAUUUAAGCAAGUAUGUUAAAUGCAAGGAUCCAUCAGGGAGGUCUCAUAUAUACGAUCUUUAUGCCAUUAGCAAUCAUUAUGGCGGUCUUGGGGGUGGCCACUACUCUGCUUAUGCUAAGUUGGUGGAGGAUGAAAGAUGGUAUCAUUUUGAUGAUUCUCAUGUUUCACAAGUGAAUGAAAGUGAGAUAAAGACAACUGCUGCUUAUGUUCUGUUUUACCAAAGAAGAAGAAGUGAAGGGGAGGGGCCAUCAAAUGUGCUAGUAAUGGAUGAAUGAAGGAAAGAUUUGGCGGUUUAGAAUUUUUUUGACUUCUUCUUCUUUGAUCCUUGUCACGAGGAGUAAGGAUUUAUGGGGAAAGGCAGCGGGUUGGGCUUUAGUUUCUGAGGAAUGGGAAUGGGAAUAUUUUUUGGAUAUGAUUUGCGGAAUAUUCUUCUUUCUUUGUUUUUUUAGUAUGAAUUUAGAGUUUUGUUAUCUAUAUUAUAACAAAACUUCCUUUGAUUUUCAUUACUCUAUUAUAUA